CCCGCGAGGGGGAGGGGAAGGAGGCCGCGCGCACUCGCGCGUGCGUGAGCUGGCGCGCGAGGUAGGGCCCGGUCGCGCCGAGGCUCGAGCGGCCGUCGCCAUUUUGUAGGGUUCUCUCUGACGCGGGAGCCGCCGCCGCCGCCGCCGCCACCCGGAGGCGCUUAUCAGGAUGGUGAAGCUGUUCAUCGGAAACCUGCCCCGGGAGGCCACAGAGCAGGAGAUCCGCUCACUCUUCGAGCAGUAUGGGAAGGUGCUGGAGUGUGACAUCAUUAAGAACUAUGGCUUUGUGCACAUAGAGGACAAGACGGCCGCCGAGGAUGCCAUACGCAACCUGCACCACUACAAGCUGCACGGGGUGAACAUCAACGUGGAAGCCAGCAAGAAUAAGAGCAAAGCCUCAACCAAGUUACACGUGGGCAACAUCAGUCCCACCUGUACAAACCAAGAGCUUCGGGCCAAGUUUGAGGAGUAUGGUCCAGUCAUCGAAUGUGACAUCGUGAAAGAUUAUGCCUUCGUACACAUGGAGCGGGCAGAGGAUGCAGUGGAAGCCAUCAGGGGCCUUGACAACACAGAGUUUCAAGGCAAAAGGAUGCACGUGCAGUUAUCCACAAGCCGACUUCGGACUGCCCCUGGGAUGGGAGACCAGAGUGGCUGCUAUCGGUGUGGGAAAGAGGGGCACUGGUCAAAAGAGUGUCCAGUAGAUCGUACAGGUCGUGUGGCGGACUUUACCGAGCAGUAUAACGAACAGUAUGGAGCAGUGCGCACGCCUUACACCAUGGGCUACGGGGAAUCCAUGUAUUACAACGAUGCAUAUGGAGCACUCGACUACUAUAAGCGUUACCGGGUCCGCUCUUAUGAGGCAGUGGCAGCGGCAGCAGCAGCUUCUGCGUACAACUACGCGGAGCAGUCCAUGUCCCAUCUGCCUCAAGUCCAGAGCACAGCUGUGACCAGUCACCUCAACUCCACUUCUGUUGAUCCCUACGACAGACACCUGUUGCCGAACUCAGGUGCUGCUGCCACUUCGGCUGCUAUGGCUGCUGCCGCUGCCAACACUUCCUCCUAUUAUGGAAGGGACAGGAGCCCCCUGCGUCGUGCUGCAGCUGUGCUCCCCACAGUUGGAGAGGGCUACGGUUAUGGGCCAGAGAGUGAGCUGUCUCAGGCUUCAGCAGCUGCACGGAAUUCUCUAUAUGACAUGGCCCGGUAUGAGCGGGAGCAGUAUGUGGACCGAGCGCGGUACUCAGCCUUUUAAAAACUGGAGAGAAAAGAAUGAAGGCUCAGAGAGGUUAAGUACUUUGAAGUCAUCUGAUAAUUUAGAGGUAGUCAGAAUUCACUCAGCCUUGGCAGACUCCAGAACUCUCUUCAUUGGAAAAGUCGCGAUGUAAGCAGAAGAAUACGGGUCCUGGAGUUAAUAAUGAAUGUCACAGUGAGAAUUUUAACUACAACUUUAGACUUCUCACUUGCUAAUAUAACUACUUAGGUCAUUAGCCUUUAUCAGAGGAAACUAAUAUAGUAGAUCUAUAAGCCAAAUAAAGUCCAAUAAGCUAUAGGUGUUUGGUUCUAAGACACUUGAAAGCAAAAUGUUUUGGUGCCACUAUCCCAUGGAGUCCUUUCCUUAUUAGUAGUCCAGACACCUUAUGCAUGAGCUCUUGAAGCCAUAUUUCUGCAUAGCCUGUUACUAACAUUUAGAGUCCCAAACACUUCUCAUUUCUUCCAAGCAACUUUUGUUUUGGUUUUUGUUCAAGGGGAACACAUAAGGAACUAGAUAAAACAGGUAAUUUCCAAAUGUAUAAAAUCCCACUGGUGAUGACCCCAGAAAUUUAAUUUUUCCUACUUCAGAAAAUGUAUACCAAAGAUGUUGGAAUGGCAAGAAUAAUUAGUAGGAUUUUCUAGAUAAAUUUCAUUUGAGUGGAAAUGGCAUCAUGACAACUUUCUAUUCUCAUGGUUUUCCUUGUAUCUUGAAAUUGAGCAUCACUUGAAUUGGGAGGGCUGUUGAACAGUUUCCAGGGUUCCUAACUUAUCCCAUUGGUAUAUACAUAUAGAAGAAAAUGAAGCAAUGGGAAUUUGCCCUUAUAUGUAGUGAGAAGCAAAUAAUGCUUUGAACCUGUGAUAAAUGAUAUCCUAUAUGACUAUGACAAAAACGGAUCUCUUAAGACCAUUGUGUAGCAGUGUGUCUUUAUGUGCAUGAAGUACGUAAUCUUAACAGCUUGUGUAGUUUGCCUUAAUUUUUAUUUUUAAUGCAGCUGGAUCUACCACGAAGUGGGAUAUUUCUCUAAAGGUGGUAUCUACCAGAUAACUUCUGUUUUCCUCAAAUGUGUUUCAUAGUUAAAUUAGCAUAUUGUAGCUUUAGAAGGGUAUCACUAAGGUAUUUUAAAGUGAAUUUUGACUGCAAGCAGUGGUUGUUCAACUAACCUCUUUUUAGUGAUGACUUUUAAAGAAACUUACCUUCCAGGUGUGAACCUCAAAUGGACUGAAUAACCCUGAGUUGGUUGCAGUCCCAGGAGCCUGAUGUUAAUGAGGCUGCCAGGAUGAAAUACUCCAGAACUGUUGGGGAUCUGAAUUUGGGUCUCACCCUAGCAGAACUGAUUCAAGAACGUCACAACUUUUGAAGUCGGUUGGUACAGAUCAAGACCAAGAUUUGGCCCUUUGUCUGUAAUAAGUAGAGGAACUUGGUGUGAGUUAACUUCUUUUUUCCCCCAGCCAUUGGUGUCUGGAGUUCCCAUCAUCAGUGGAAGAAUUAGAGAAUUUUAGGAUUUCUUCUUUUGAUUUGGUAAGGGAGGUUUGACCAAGUAGGGGAACUACUGGAGUUAUGGUUCUAAAUCUGUGACAGUAAUGACAUGUAGGUAUAUUGGAGGGUGACUGAACCGUUCCCUGAUACCCUUUGAUUGUCAUUUCUGAAACCUUGUUUACUAUGGAAGAAUAAAAUGAAACAAAUUUAGAGUAGUGCAGUUGGCCAUAUUUGAGAUCUUGACAUCAUCUGCUUUUUUCUGGAUGCAAAAAAUUAAAUUAUGGUUUUUUAUAGUAUGUGUCUGCCCUUUGUUGCAAGGACAGUACCCUUGUAUCACAGAGGUUGUCUUGCUUAAAAGAUGGAUUAGAACAUGAGAAAGAUAUAUCUUAUCACCAACACAGCAGUCUUGCAGAUAGAUUGCUUCUUAUAUGUAGCUAUAAGUAGAUUCCUUGGUAAUUAUAUGGGAUAUAAGUUUGAUCCAGUCUGACUUGGUUUUGUUUUGUUCUUUGUUCUUUUCCCCCUGGAAUACAGGACGGGACCAGGGCCCUUGUACUCGGAACCAAGCUGCUCUCCAGGCAUUGUGUAAGCCUCUUGUGUUGUGCUCUCUUUCAGGUAGGAUAAUUGCGGACUGAACCCUCGGGCUGCGGUCAUAUAUGAGAACUUGCUCCGCGCGGUCCCCCUUGCCGGGAUGUUUCCAUUGCUUCAUGUUUCAGUAAACAAAGGAGUUUGUGACCAACUAUGUUUUCUUUCUUAAUUUAAUUCUUCUAAGUUGACUUUUCUUUCCUCUUGAUACUAGUCUCUGUAGCCUUUCACUCCAUUCCUUACAUUCUCAGCCUCUGAGCAGCCCUAGGUAAGGAUUAUGCUGGCAUCCCCUUUUUCCUGUACAGUGGAACCCCCUCUUAUCUUGCUUUCCUUAGGAAUUGAACCCUUCUCCCUGUCUACCUGCAACAUCUCCUUUCCCUUUAAAAUGACCAUGUAGUGGCAAGAGACCUUUUACUCUUCUGUUAGCUCUGGACUCUAACAUUGAAGCUAAUCUGAAACUGCUAGGACCAUUGGGGUUUUGGGGGUGGGGGUUGUUGUUUUGUUUGUUUGUUUUGUUUUAUGUCUGACCUGUGAUCGUGGUACAGCAUUAGCUGAAAUUUAGCCUUGUUUUACUUCACUCCUCCCACUUUUUUUUUUUUUUUUUAAUAUUUUGACAAAUAAACGUUUCUAACACUUAAGUA